AUGGAAGGAACCGGAUCUUCUCAAUUCCUGGACAGCGAAAUCCUUCCGCUCAACACAAUAAACAGCAAUGCCCAAACUCAUCCUGCAAACCUCCCCAUCCCUUGCCCAACCCUCAAAAUCAAAGCCGACAGCGAAGAAUACGACGACGGCAUGACCAUCGAAGACCUCCAGCGCCGAAUUUGGUUCGACCAACUCCGCAUCGAACGCAUGAGAGAACAAGAGCAACAACAACAACUCCACGUCGAAGAAAGCGCCAACAACUGCAUCGACCCAACAGACAACAAACUCAAUUCAAAAAUGCAACAAACGCGCCGCAAAAAAUUAUCCCGAGUACGAGACUCCCUCAUCAAAUACAUGCUUCAACUUACCGACGAAUGCAAAGCCCAAGGCUACGUCUACGGCAUUAUCUCCGAAGCCGGCAAGACCAUCACCGGCUCCUCGGAUAACCUUCGCGCUUGGUGGAAAGAUCAGGUCCGGUUCAGCCACUCCGCCCCCAAAGCUCUCGAGGACUUCGCACGUGAGCGCUGCACGCCUGGCGGCCGCAGUGCUGCUCCUCCCGGCUCGCUCAAGGACCUCUCCGAUACCAUGCUCGGCUCCCUUUUGUCGGCCAUGAUGCCGCACUGCAACCCCCCGCAGCGGAGGUUUCCAUUAGAGAAAGGGGUGGCCCCGCCGUGGUGGCCCACCGGCUACGAAACCUGGUGGGCUCUAAACGAUAUGACGAAGAAUGUACCUCCGCCGCCUUAUAGAAAGCCACAUGAUCUAAAAAAGGCUUGGAAGGUCGGCGUGUUGCUGUCGAUUAUAAAGCAUAUGGCGCCGGAUUUGGACAUGGUUCGGCGGCUUGUGAGGAAGUCUAAGUGUCUUCAGGAGAAGAUGUCGGCGAGGGAUCUGAAGAUAUGGAUGGCGGCUGUGAAAGAUGAGGAGGAGGCUUACCGGAGAGGGAACCCGGGAGUCGGUGGCGUCGAAUUGCAGGCUCAGGAAUUAGGAAAUAAUAACAAUUUUGAUGAGAAGGCGGAAGAGAUCAUGAUACGGAAUGUGGAGAGUCCCGAGAGCACGGAGGCCGAUUUCCAUUCCACCAAAUCUGCGGCGAACGUGUUAGAGCAAACGAUACUUCCGGAAAUAGAGGAUAACGGCCAUGCUUGGACUGAUGUGGUGUUCAAUAAUUUCCACCCUGUUGCUGUACCUGUGGAGGGCAACGGGUUUCUGCAACAGAAUCAGUGCCAUCGUUCGUUUCCAUUGCAAAUGCAGGGGAAUGAUUCGAGCUUUGAUGGGAUGAACAAGAGGAGAGUCGAUCAAGUGGAUUUAAGCUUCGGUAAUCUGAGUUUCGAGACAGUGAUUGGCGGAGCACCAAGCGAACUUGGAUUUCUCUUUGGGAUGGAGAAUUGGCAGGUGAAUCAGGGCAAUGGUGGUUUUCUGAAUUACUGA